UCCCCCCGAAGUGAGUUACGAACAGAGUGGCAGGUGUUCAUUUGAGGGAGACGCAUCGACUGGGUCAAGCCUCAACAGGGCGCCGAGACGGAUGGACAUAAACGGCUAAAACGACGCUAGCUGUGAGGUGAAAGUCCUGCAAGUGUGUACAGAACAGGGUAAAAGGCGUUAAAGUGACUGUUUCUUUUCCCAUGAGGACUAAUACCGAAGAAGCGUUGAAGACUUGACUAAAAUAAGGGGAAAAGCUCCAUUGUCGCAUUAGCAGCGGUGAGAGUAACGUCUGUAACGGCUGGCUCGUGCUCACUUUCUGGCUCGUGCUUAUUCCUCUUUACCGAGGUGUGUACAAAUAAAAUAGGGAGCUGUUAUAACUGAGAAACUUUUUAUUCGUUUAUGUUUUUCUCUAACCUGUUGUGUCAUUUGUCCGCGUAACCCGAGAAGUGGAGCACUACGGCAAGUAAGCCUCUCCGGUAUCCGAGGAGAGAGUCCCUUCUCCGGGAGAGUUGUGGAGCGGGGGGUUAGCCGCUAAUGAGGGUAUCAAACCUCAGUUAUAACACUGCUGGACACGUUUCUCCAUCAGCACUCCUGGAACUGACUCCGUCCAGUUUGUUUGCAAAGCCAGAGGUAUUUUGAGACUCAAUUACUGGAUUGGUUUUUCAGAGCAUGGAUCCCCGGAUGGAUAAUUUAAGUGAUCUAUUGCUUUUCUGUUAAUUUGAGCACUGUUUAGACAGGCAAAUGAUCUGCGGGACAAAUCCCCGGUGAAGACAUCAAAACAAGCGCGGAUUUGAGGUCGAUAGCAGAGAGUAAGCCGAUAAGUCUAAAACACACUCAAAUGUAUUAAUUCCUUGCUCGGAUCAAUCCAAAUGAAAAUGAGGUAUCGCAGGACGCAGAAACACACGGACUCCGCCACAGCAGAGGGAGAUUACGGUGCCGUUACUCCGUGAGGGCAAAGGCUCUCCUUAGGCGAGGCAACACUCACCCACCACCCUCUUUUCCUCCUUUCUCCAGCUGCCUGCUGAGUUUUGGACACCAGAGCUGGGGAGUUAGAGCAGGGAGACUGUCUGCAGGGACAGCAGAGGACUCCUGGAACUGGGAUUUCUACUUUACCACGGCACUGUGCCUUUCUCUCCACUUGCACUUCUUUUAAUUCGUGCGCAGGGCAGGGAGAGAGAGAGUUGCAGCAGAGGAGAGCACAAGCGGACCUGGGCACUGUUGGUUAACCUCCUCCUGCAUGAUGAAACAGGGAAAUUGCUGUUCUGAGGGCUUCUCGGACCAUACGGUGGGACUUACACAGGACAACCAGCGGAAGAUGAUGGUGACAGGGUCGACCCUGAGUGGGAUCCAGUGUCCACCUCUUUUUCUCCUGCUUCUUCUUGCCAGCAGCUGCCACAUGUUGCACGGCCAAGAGGUGGCUCCCUACCUGCGAGGUGUUGGACUGGGGCAGCAGGUGGUGUUGGAAGGAAACAGACUGGUGCUGACCUGCCUGGCUGGAGGCAGCUGGCCUCUGCAGUACCGCUGGACUCUCAACAACAGCAACAUCACAGACUGGACACCACAGUACAGGUUGUCUGUGCCAUCUUUGAAGAGGACUGAUGCUGGCUUGUACCAGUGCAUGGUGAGGAACAGGAUGGGAGCGAUCAUACACAAGAGAACGGAGGUGCAGGUGGCCUAUUUGGGGGACUUCUCUGCUGAUGACCAGAGGAAGACAGUAACUCAGGGCCGAGCAGCCAUCAUCAACCAGCCUCCCCUCAACUCCUUCCCUCGUCCCCUGGUUACAUGGUACAAGGAUGGAAACAAGAUAAUCCCCAACAACAGAAUAACAAUCACCUUGGACAAUCAGCUGGUCGUCCUGGCAACCACUGCAGCAGACGCAGGACGUUACCAUGUAGAGGCGGUGAAUGAAAUGACAGGAGAGAAUGUGACGAGCCCCGCCAUCUACCUGAGCAUCUCAGAUCCUGAAUCAGAAGUUUUGGCUCCAGCCAUUGUGAUCGGACCCAAAGACACAACAGUGGUGUCAGGCAGUGAGGCAUCACUGGAGUGCAUUGCCAACACAAGACUGGUUGACAGCCUUGUGGUGUCAUGGAAGCGUGAUGGGCGCAGGGUGGCCAGUGGGCGUCGGCUCAUCAUCCCCUCCUCUUCCUCUUCUGAUAUGGGAUUGUAUAUUUGUGAAGCAACACUGAGCAACAGCACUACCAAACCUGUGGAGGCGCGGGCACAACUCACAGUAAUAGAACCACCAUCUUUAACCACUCAGCCUAAGAGGAAGAUCAUUGCAGACAUUGACAGGAAUGUGGAAAUCCCUUGCCAAGCUACAGGCAUGCCCCAGCCCAGGAUAGAGUGGUUUAAGGACGCGGUGCCUCUCUCCAAACUGGCCAACCCACGCUACAAGAUCAGCUCAGCAACCGGGUUGACGGUGCGCAGAGUUCAGCCAGGAGACGGAGGAAUCUUCCAGUGCCUCGCUCGCAACGCUGCAGGAGAGGCACAAGCACACGCACAGCUCCUUGUUUCCAGCGUGGCCCCCAAAUUUACAUUCCCCCCAUCUGACCAAACAGUAACUGAUGGGAACACAGCCUUGUUUACCUGCCAGACAAGCGGCGCUCCAAAGCCUGCCAUCACCUGGAGGAAAGGUUCACAGGUUUUAGCUAGUGGCUCCGUACAGGUUCCCAGGUUCACACUGUUGCAGUCAGGUAGUUUGGAGAUUCAACCAGUCAGCUUCCAGGACUCAGGAGAGUACACAUGCAUCGUCUCCAACUCAGAGGGAACCAUCAACACCACAGCUACACUCACCGUCUGGAGUCGCACAGUCAUCUCUGUGCCUCCAACAGACCUGCGUGUUAUCAAAGGAACCACUGCUGUCCUUGACUGUAAUGCUACACACGACUCCAGAGUGGAUAUCAGCUUUAGAUGGGAUCGGGGUGGUGUGAUGGUCCUUCCGUCCAGUGGAGGCCGUGUUUCUGUGCGCCAGGGCACCCUCACUAUCGGUCAGACAUGGUCAGGUGACAUUGGGGAUUACACCUGCACUGUGACAUCACAGGCUGGAAAUGAUUCUCGAACUGCACGUCUUGAAGUCAUUGAGCUGCCACACUCUCCACGCUCCCUGACAGCCCGUCUCAACGACUCAGAUUCACGCUCUGUCCUCCUGUCCUGGCUCCGCCCCUUCGAUGGGAACUCCCCACUUCUCUACUAUUUGCUGGAGCUCUCAGAGAACAACUCUCCGUGGAAGGUUUACCUGUCAGAGGUCGAUCCCACUGUGACCGAUAUAUCCGUGGGUGGGCUCACACCUGCCAGGACCUAUCAGUUCAGACUCUGUGCUGUCAAUCAAGUGGGCAGAGGGCAGUACAGUGCUGAGACACAGAGAUUGAUGCUGAGGGAGGAGGCACCCAGCGCUCCACCAAAGAAUAUCGUGGCCAGUGGGAGGACAAACCAGUCCAUCAUGGUUCAGUGGCAGCCACCGCCAGAGCCGCAGCUCAACGGCAUCCUCCGAGGAUAUGUGCUCAGGUACCGUCUGGCAGGGCUGCCAGGAGACUACCAGGAGAAGAAUAUCAGCAGCCCAGAGACCAACUACUGUCUGCUGAAGGAUCUGAUCAUCUGGACACAAUACCAGAUCCAGGUGGCUGCGUUCACUGGAGCAGGCUUGGGAGUCUACAGCAGCCCAGUUACUGAGUACACUCUGCAGGGAGUUCCCACAGCCCCGCCGCAAGAAGUGGAAGUUGUUGCUAUCAACUCGACAACAAUCCGCUUCACCUGGAACCCUCCACCUCAGCAGUUUAUUAAUGGCAUCAACCAGGGAUACAAGCUGAUGGUGUGGCCAGAGAUGUCUCCGGAGGAUGCUAUCGUGGUGACCAUCACACCAGAAUAUCCAGGUUCACGACACACAGGAUUGGUGAGCGGACUCAAGAAGUUCACUUGGUACUACGGAUCCACCCUCUGUUUCACAACACCUGGAGACGGACCCCGCAGCCCACCUGCUCUGGUGCAGACACACCAGGAUGCCCCUGGACCUGUUCGCCAGCUGAGCUUCACUGAGAUCUUGGAUACAUCACUCAGAGUCAGCUGGGCGGAGCCUGAAGACAAGAACGGCAUCAUUACUGGCUAUGAGCUGCAGUGGGAAGUGUCGGGCGUAGAGUCAAGUCGUGAGGAACGCUCCUUGUCCAACUCCACCCUGCAGUACCAGCUGACCGGACUAACCUCCACCACUGUGUACACACUACAGGUGGCAGCACUCACCGCUGCAGGGCGGGGCAUGGUCACAUCCUCCACCAUCUCCACUGGAGUCCCACCAGAACUUCCCGGUGCACCGUCUAACUUGGUCAUUUCUAACAUCAGCCCUCGUACGGCAACGAUUCGAUUCCGCCCUGGUUCUGAUGGCAAGACCCCCAUAUCACAAUGGAUCGUAGAAGGCCAGGUGGUGAAGGAGGACAGAAAGCCAGAUGUGUGGAGAGUUGUCUACCAGAAAGACAAUGAGCCAGAUGCCGACACGCUGGAGAUCCCCAACCUAAAUCCCUUCACCCAGUACAGGUUCAGGAUGCGACAGGUGAACAUUGUGGGCUCCAGUCCCAUGAGCGCCCCCUCCAGACUCAUUCAAACCUUACAGGAUGCCCCAGACACCCACCCCUCUAACCUGACCUUGGUUUCUUCAACCCAAACAAGCCUACACUUCAACUGGAAGCCUCUUCCAGUUUCUGAGUUCAACAGCAGUCCAGAGACUGUGGGAUUCCGUCUGCGUGUGAAGAGGACAGAUGGUCAGGGGGAGGACUGGACUGAGGAUGUUGAAGGAGCUGGGGAAACCAGUGAGGCCACAAUAGAAGGCCUAAAUCCCUGGACCCAGUACCAGGUCCAGAUACAGGCUUAUAACUCCAUUGGACCAGGACCAUGGAGCAACUCUGUCGCAGCACAAACUGCAGAAUCUGUUCCAUCUGGAUCUCCAAUGAACGUAAGCGCUGAGGCUGUGAGCUCCACUGGCAUCCUCCUCACAUGGACCGCUCUCCCUCUGGCACAGAAGAACGGGGUCAUACUUGGAUAUAAGGUGAUGUACAUUGAGAAGGAGUCUGAAAUUUCCCCCAGCGUUCAGGUGGUGGAAGGAGAGAAAAGCAUGACAAUGUUCCUUGGAGGUCUCCAAAAAUACACGCUGUACUCACUUCAGGUGUUGGCUUACACACGGAUUGGUGAUGGGCCACCUAGUAACCCCAUACUGCUCCGAACCAAAGAAGAUGUCCCUGGCCCUGUUGUCAGGAUGGUGUUUCCAGAAGUUCGAUUGUCAUCAGUAAGGGUGGUUUGGCAGCCACCGACAAACCCCAACGGAAUCAUAUUAGGCUACCAGAUCUCAUACCGCCUGGACAGCAGGGACCCUCAGCGCUGGACCACAGUGGAGGUGGGCUCCAACGCCAGACAGUUCACCGUCACAGGACUCUCCUCUGAGCAGACCUACGUUUUCCGGCUCACUGCUCGCACCGCCAUAGGCUGGGGGGAGGAACAGGAAGCUCUGGUUGUUACCACUGAACGCAGAGAGCGUCCACAGCCCCCCAGGAAAUUGUCUGCUCCUCAGGACGGAGUUGAAUCUCGCCGUCUUCGUCUGAUCUGGGUGACAGGUAGCUCGGGCUCCUCCCCUCUGAGAUACUUCACUCUGCAGGCCAAAGAGCUGCCUAAAGGGGACUGGGACACCCACACUGCUGACAUCCCACACAAUGCAACCAACUGGACUGUAGACAGACUGAAGCCCUUCACAUCAUACAAAUUCCGGAUGCUGGCCACCAAUGAUGUUGGAGACAGUGUCCUGAGCAAAGAGACGGAGGCUGUUACGACCUUGCAGGAUGUGCCUGAUGAGCCUCCAGUGAUCCUCGCAGUGAAACCAACAACCACUACCUCAGUCCUAGUGCAGUGGAAGCGCCCAAGCAACAACAGUCUCAACGGAGUGUUGACUGGAUACCGGCUGUAUUAUAGAGAGCUGCCUGUAAACACAUCUGCUGACACAGAAGUCCAGGCGUCUAAAAACAACACCACAAGUGCCCUCAUCACAACCAAGAGCACCUUCAAGACCGUCAGCAGUGCCUCCCUCACUGAGUUUGAGUUGACACAGCUAAAGAAGUUCAAACACUACCAGAUUGUCAUGACAAGCUACAACAUCAUUGGGGAGAGCCCUCCGUCCACGCCAUUUGAAGUGUCUGUUGGAGAGGCAGCUCCAUCAGUGGCCCCUCAGUCGAUCAGAGUGUCCGUCGUGUCUCCCUCCAUCCUGGAAGUGACCUGGGAUACACCCCCCCUGGAGACCCAGAAUGGACUCAUCCAAGGAUACAAGAUCCACUACUGGGAGAGGGACAAGCAGAACCAAAGCGAAAAGGUUAAAGUGAUUUUCGUCCCAGACACCCGUGUGCAUCUCACUAAUCUGACGAGCUACACGCCUUACCUGGUCACUUUAACUGCCUUCAACACAGCUGGAGACGGUCCCCCCAGUGAUCCCCGUGGGGCUCGAACCAUGCAGUCAGCUCCCAGUCAGCCCAGCUUCCUAUCUUUCUCAGAGGUGACAGCUGUAACCGUUAAUGUGUCUUGGGGGGCCCCGCUCACUCCUAAUGGACAGUUGGAGGGAUACAGAGUCAACUACCAGCCUACUGCUCCUGUACAAGGAGUGAGUAAAGCGGUGACCGUGGAUGUGAGGGGCAGCUGGCAGCGCUGGCUGAAGGUUCGAGACCUGAUAAAAGGAGCUACGUACACGUUCAGUGUUCAGGCUCUCACAGUCAGCUAUGGACCGCCCAUACAUGCCAACCUCACUGCUCAGCCUGUGCAAGGCUCUCCAGGCUCACCAAAGGAAAUGUCCAUCACCAAGACAUCUUCUGAGCUCAGCAUCCACUGGACAGAGGGAGAUAUGGGUGCAUCACCAGUCACUGGAUAUGUCAUUGAGGCUCGUCCCUCAGAUGAAGGAGUUUGGGACUCCUUCAUCAGACUUCUCCCUCCCACCAGCAGGUCUGUGUCAGUGCCCCUGGAGCGCCUGAGAUCGGGAAUCAGUUAUGAGUUCAGAGUCAUCGCUGUCAAUCGCUAUGGUUACGGACAGCCCAGUACACCCUCUGCUGCUCUUGCUGCUCUGUCGGAUCGUCCCUUCUAUGAGGAGUGGUGGUUCCUGCUGGUCAUGGCUCUGGUGGGACUCAUCCUCAUUCUGGUGCUGGUCUUCACCCUGCUGCUGCGUGGACACAGUACCAAGUACAAGGCCUGUGGCACAGGGAAGCAUGUAUCCACAGGGGAGGAGUCAAUGACACUGGAUAAUGGAGGUUUCACCGCUCUGGAGCUCAACAGUCGAACGCUCAACACCAAAAACACCUUCCUGAAAAAGAACGGCACUAGGUCUCCUCCCAGACCGAGUCCAGGAGUUCUUCACUACUCUGAUGAAGACAUUUGUAACAAUUAUAACGGAGCUGUGCUCACGGAGAGCACCACACUCACUGAGAAACCCACUGAGGUCUCUGAGUCGGAGCUAACGGACAGCGAUUACGAGGACGAGCAGCCCAAGCACUCAUUUGUCAACCACUACAUGAGCGACCCGACCUACUACAACUCAUGGAAGCGGCAGCCUAAAGGCCUCAAAGCCGUCAGCACUCCUUUCCCCUACGAGGAGUGUGCCACAGCAGACACAGAGCCAUACUAUCAGACCGUUGUCACCCAGCACAGCACGGGUGGUGCUUACACACCCACAGGACAGCCUGCGCAUACACACGUCAACCCUAACACCAACCCUCCAGGGUCCCGCACACCUGUGACAGGAUUCUCCUCAUUUGUCUGACUGUAGAGACAAAAUCUGCACAAAUUUGAACACAUACGUACACAGAAUGAAGGAGGGGGGCGGUGUGUGUGUGUUUGGACUAAAGUAGGCAGAGCUCACAGGGGGGAGGAUGAGGUGAGGAGACGUGGGAUGGCCCUUCAGUGCCCCAAAGACUAAACCUACACUCCUCACUCGCCUUCUCCCCUGUUCACCGAGAUCCUCACUGUGUCGAUGAGCGUGUCGCUCUCCUUCUCUUUUACGCCUCUGUCUCACUGUGCUCUCACACAAUUACCGCUCCACUCACUGAUAUUCAUGCUUGUUCCAGAGACUCUCCAAUGAGAGCUGAGAGCAAGGACUACUUGAGUCUCUUUUUGUUAAAGUGGAGAACUCAACCUCGAGCAGGUGGAACCUGAAUCUUCUGCACAAUGCUUUGUCUUUUCUGUAUUUACACUGAAGUGCACAAACACGUACCCGCACUUGCUCUUACAGGAAGACGUGAACUUUAAGGUGGAGGAGGAUGGCACAGAGAAGAGCAGCUCUCUUUGACGGACUGUUUCUUGUGCACACAUGGAGCUGCCAGCUUUAAAAUACCACCACACAGAGGAAAAGAAAGAAAAACAAUCAAUAAUCAACGUUUUUGAACUUCAUUAACGACGGAGAACAAGUGGCAGGAGGACGAUCGCAGCCUGAGGCACCUUCAGUGAGAGUAAAAGCAAUGUUUGAGGUUCAGUGUUGGAAUAUAUGAAAAAUGUGUUUUUUACUGUCUACUGCCUGUUGUCAGCGCUCCUUUAUCCACGGCCUCCCAAGCCAUAAAACUUGCACUGAGCCCGAUCCCACACAUUUCAUCAAACUCUUGUCCAAAUUUAAUUUUUUACAAGUUUGAGUGUGUUUGAGUGUGUGUAAGAUCCUGUUCUAUUCUUCACUGCUAAGGAAAGCGUGCCAUUGUGUGUAAGUUUGUAUUUUUAAGAUGGAUUUUGUACAGGGAAACCCUUUUUAUGUGUGUGCUGUUGUAUGUAGUUUGACCAUGUUUUUGUAAUUCUAAGGAAGCAGGAAAACAGCGCUGGAGGGAGUCGUCAGCUUCACUGCCUGAUGAGAUUUAGAGAUGAGGACAACAAUCAUGAAACCAAGCAGCAGUGAAGUGAGUGUGAAGCAGGGUAACAGGAUAUUUUACAGAACCAUUCUUGUUUCAACUGAGAGUGAUUGAACUUUGAAUUAUAAGGCCCCUUUGUCUUCAGCCAGGCUGAAACAAACAUACUUUGUACCGCUCUUCAAGUGCACACAAAAUUCCUUUGUAAGUUUUUCUUAUGUAUAAUUUAAAGAUUCUCCUGCCUCACUCCAUCACGCUUGUUUUGAGUCCCAUACAGUGUGUGAAUAAAUGGUCAUUGUUUAA